UUGAAUAACCUUUCACCCCAGCACCAUUCCAUCAUGGCCGCCGAGCACCACUAGCAGCAGGACGGUUUCUCACCAGUUUUGCCCUUUCCUGCCUUAAAGCUGGCGCAAGCGGCAAUGGAAAGUGAUGAAGAAGAAGAGUACACGCUACAGGGUCCGGUGGACAACGAAGGAUUCCCUCACGGGCACUGCACGCUCGCCUACACGUCCGGCGACAAGUUCCAGGGUCAUUUCGACCACGGCGCCAAAUCUGGCAAAGGGUGCUUCCAUUUUUACGACGGCAGCAAACUUGAGGGGGUGUUUGACGGCGGAUUGCUGCAGGGGAAGGGGCUGUACACAUACGAGGACGGGAGUGUGCUGAAGGGGGUUUAUAUUGACGGGGAGCUAAACGGACCUGCUGAGGAGUUUAACAGUGAAGGACUGCUGACGUUCAGGGGACAGUACAGUAACGGUGUGAGGUGUGGGUUCUGUUGGAUCUACUCGGCAGAUGGAGGAUGUAUCUGCGGGGAGGUGAACGAGGAGGGAGAAAUGAGCGGCAGCAACAUCGCCUACAUCUACCCAGAUAUGAAGCUUGCUCUCAUUGGCUCGUUCGUGGAUGGGGAAAUGGUCAAAGGUCAGCUUGCGGAGGUGAUGGGGAUCAGUGAAGACAGGCCACAGUUCAAGAUGGUGUCAGAUGGUGGGAUCUAUAAGUGUGACGUGUCCACAAGCAGCAGUAUAUCAUCUGAUCCACAGCUACCAGAUCCAUAUGAACAACAAAUGGUUUAUGUUGGUGCAUCUACUAUACAAGGUGCGUCAGAGGGUCUGUUCAUGAAAGUUCCCGUCAAGGAGGACAAAGUCGUGGCGUUCUACAACGGACUGCGCCUGACGCACACCGAGGUCGACGCCCGCGAUUGGUCGAAGAACAGCAACACCAUCUCCCUGGACGAGGAAAUCGUGAUCGACGUCCCGCCGCCAUUCCACGACACCAAACAUUACUGCUCCUCCCUCGGACACAAAGUCAACCACUCCUUCAGCCCUAAUUCCAAAUAUGACCUUUUUCAACAUCCGAGGUUCGGCUUCAUCAAAUGUAUCCGGACCAUCAAGCCUGUGUCCGCAGACCAGGAGUUGACCGUAGAAUACGGCUACGACCAUCACGGAUGUGGUGCAGAUAAUCCAGACGCACCAGACUGGUACAAAGAACAAAUGAAAUCCCUCAAAGGGCAGAAUUGAUAUCAGUUCAAAUCAGAGUUUUGAUCAUCGUCUGUCACUUUAUCAUUUCACUGAAUCCUGGUAGUAAGGCCACACCUGUUUAAUUUGUUGGUUCUCGAAUUCGCAGAAAAAAAGUAAGCAACAGGGAAAAAAUGCUUAGGCAUCCUAUUAUAGGCCCAAAUAGGAGUGAUGAAGUCAACAAAUUAUAAUUCAAAGAAUGAAUUUUGAAUUUGUAGUUAAAACACUGCAUAGAUAGAUUGAAAAACUGUAAAAACUAGGAAGACAAGGACUUUCUUUAUCUAUUGAGGCCAACAGUGUAUGGGCAUGUUGGAGUUGAUUCAGAAGGAUUCAUUCUUUUUGCAAAUUAGAACAUUACAGAAAAAAUAUGGAUAUUUCAUGAUUAUGACAGACAAAAAUGGCAUGUUUUAUAUGAAAAAAAUAUUAAGGUUAUGUAAAAUCACACCAGGAUUUAAGUGAGCACAUGCUUAAGUUUGCCAAGUUGAUCAAAGUAAAUCUAUCUGGAGGUGGCCAAAACUCUGGUUCAAAUCUGAACCAUACUUUUUAAAUGACACAAGAAUUUGGAAGAUGCUGGUAAAUUGGUUGGGCUGAAUAUUUAGAAAUAUCAUGAUAUGGAAUGAAAGUGUAAUUCACAACAACUAAUCAAGUUGAAAACACACUGGUCACUUAAUAUUUAUUAAAUUUCUAGUGGCCAGUGUUGAUGUGUUUCAUAAUUGAAAAAAAAUCUUCCCAACAUGUAUGCUACUAACUACAGCAUUUUUGUAUGAAUUGUUAGAAAAAAUCAUGUCUGGAGAGUUACUAAUGUCAUAAUGCAAAGUGGAAAAUUGUAGUUGUUGCAUGAAGUGUUUCUUUGAACAAGAGCGCAUAAUGAAUAUAAAAGUAAUCAAAAUACUCUGCCUAUAUACACAUACUGACCUAUCAAAAAGUAAUAUUUUAACAAGUGGAAAAUAAUAUUUUAGAGGAAAAUAAAGUGAAUUUCUUUUUUUGUGGAAACGCUUUUUUAGGCCAUACCAAUUUAAUUUGUUGGUUCUCAGAAAAAAUAUUAAGUGACAUGGCAAAAGGAAAAACUCAGGCCAAGGCAUCCUAUGAUAGCUCUACAUGUAAAUGCUAUGAUAGGAAUUAUGAACUCAACAUAUAACCAGACUAGUUUACAAUUCAAACAAUGAAUUUUGAACUUUUAAUCAAACUGCUGUAUUGAUGGAAAACUGAAAUAAGUUAGGAAGACAAGAACUUGCUUCAACUGUUACAGCCAAAAUAUGAUCAUUUUAGAGUUGAUUCAGAACACGAAUAAUUUUUUGGCAAGUCAUAAAAAAGAAACGGGUUAUCCAGGAACCAAUUGAUUAAAUUUGUGAGGCCUUAAUAGUGAUUAAAAGUAAUGCUAGACUUACAAGAAAUAGACACUGAAGUAACUGGAAAGUGUGCAUUACUACACAAGUAUCUUUUUGCUUAAAGGGACACGAGAUUUGAUAAAAUCUGUCUUUAUGCCAUGCAUAGUAUUUUAACUAUUUAUGUCUGAAAAGUGAUUUCUGCUCUUAGUUUUUUAGUCCAUCGUAGUUUAGAGCUUUGAAGUUUCAGCUAGUGCCUAGCAACCACAAAUUGGCCGCCACCAUUACUCUCCAAGCAGAGGUUUGGGUUUGGGGUUAUUUUUGGUGUGUUUUUAGGC